CAAAUUAGUUUAUUUUUGUAAGAAUUAUUGAAGUUUUGUUAAGUUAAAGUCGUCGACUGUAGCCGACUUUUAGCCGCCGGCGGCCGUAUUUUGCUUUAGCCGCCGCCGCCAAUUCUCUUUCGGCUGCAGACUUUUACCCGUCGUCGCCUUUUUUGUGCUUAGCCGCUGCCGCCGGGAAUUUCACAUCGGCCUCGCCCUCUGGCCCUUAGUCAUAAGCAACUUUCUAGUUUUUCUGCGACUGGCGAUUUUUUUAAGACGUGCCGCCGCCAAUUCCCUUUCUGCUGCAGUCGGCUUUUAGCCGCCGUCGACUUUUUUGUGCUAUGCCCCCGCCGCCGGGAAUUUCACAUCGGCUUCGCCCUCUGGUCAUAAGCUUUCUCGUUUUUCUGUGACUGGCGAUUUGAUUUUUAAGACGUGAUUCCGAAUUCAAAGUCAUAAGCUAUGGAUUGGGCUAAAAAGGCUGAAGAUCAGGUGUCUAAGUUGGUUAGCAAUUUGGAAAUAGAGAAGAAAGGUGAAACAAAGGAUGAUGCAGACGCCCCGGAUGUAGCAAGCCCUGCUGAAACCAGUCUCCUUCUAAAAAUUAUUCGUAAAGGUUUGGUAGAGUCGAAGUUGGAUUUAGAAGUCCAACGCCAGGAUCCGUCGUCGCCUUUAUACUCUGUGAAAACAUUUGAGAAACUUCAUUUAAAACCUGAAAUAUUAAAAGGAAUAUACAACAUGGGUUUUAACGCCCCAUCGAAAAUACAGGAAAAUGCCCUACCUAUAUUGUUGGCAGAUCCGCCACAAAAUAUGAUAGCUCAAAGCCAAUCUGGAACCGGAAAAACAGCAGCGUUUGUCCUUGCAAUGUUAAGUCGAGUAGACACGAAACUAGAUUACCCUCAGGUACUUUGUUUGUCCCCUACAUAUGAACUUGCUAUUCAGACUGGAGAAGCUGCGGCACGAAUGGCACAAUUCUGCCCCGAUAUUAAAUUAAAAUUUGCCGUUCGUGGGGAAGAAGUUGCUCCCGGAACAAAACUUACCGAUCACAUAAUAAUCGGCACCCCAGGAAAAGUUUUAGAUUGGGCUUUAAAGUAUAGAUUCAUAGAUCUAAAGAAGAUACGAGUUUUUGUACUGGAUGAAGCAGAUGUAAUGAUCGCCACACAAGGUCACCAUGAUCAAUGUAUUCGAAUUCAUAAACAACUCUCGCCCAAAUGUCAAAUGCUAUUUUUCUCUGCUACAUAUGACAAAGAAGUUAUGGAAUUUGCUGAACACAUUGUCCCUGAGGCAAAUAUCAUAAGACUAAGGAGAGAACAAGAAUCCCUAGAUAACAUUAAACAGUACUACGUCAAGUGUAAUUCGGAAGAAGAAAAGUAUCAAGCGAUUCAAAACAUUUAUGGAAGCAUAACAAUUGGACAAGCAAUAAUAUUUUGUCAUACUCGAAAAACAGCUGGAUGGCUCGCUGGGAAAUUGUCGUCAGAUGGACAUUCUGUUGCAGUGCUUUCAGGUGAACUUACUGUUGAACAACGUUUGGCUGUUCUAGAUCGAUUUAGAAUUGGUUUGGAAAAAGUAUUAAUAACUACUAAUGUUUUAUCACGAGGUUUAUCUAUGUUGGAAUAUCAAUCAAUCAAUGUAAUAGAAUAACGUCACAGUCAAAGUGAACCACUGAAAUUGUU